AUGCGGUCUCAGAUCUUAGAAACUAUUGCUGCUCUGGAUGCAAUUAAUCCUGAGGCAUUUGGCGGAACCGAAGUGGAACGCCUACAAGUGCGCGCUGCAGCACGUCGACUGCUCGCCCGAUUGGAAACACCCUAUGAGCGCGCCUGGGGCUUCUGCUUCGAACAUCCGGUUGUCUUUGCCGCUCUGCAGAUAUGCAUCAACGUGGGCCUUUGGAAAUCUUGGACAAGCGCUGGAGGGGGUGAGAAGUCUAUCCACGAGUUGGUAGAAUUCACUACUCCCACCGUUGAUACAAACCUGUUGCGACGGCUCUUCCGCUUGCUAGCAGCUUUCAACGUGGUUGAGGAAUCAGCGGAAGACACAUUCAAACCGACUGCGUUCUCGUACGCUAUCGGCGACGAGAGCACCAAGGUCCGCGCCUCUCUUCAAGCAGCGUAA